CCCGCAUGCGUAGAUCUGGGCUUGUGGAGCCCGCCCUCACUCCCCCAGUUCCGUCAGACCUGGCGUCCAGUCUCCUAGCAACGACGCGCGCCUUCAAGGAACGGUUCUUUCUCAUCCUCCUGGUCCUUUCAGUUUAAGGCCAGUAAAGCCACGCCACACACCUGACUCCAGAUCCUUCGCUCCCAUUUAUUCCUAACUUCCACCGCACCCCCAGCAAUUCUCAGAACCCCCUGUCCUUGUCUCCUCAGUCUCCCCCCAAACCUGGGUUCAACUAUCCCAGCCGUCUAAGCUGCUCUGCUUCUCUUCGUCCAUCUGCCUCAAGCAGUCGCUGUUCAUUUUAGAUCAUGCCAGGAGACGAACAGGAAGCUAAGAAGGCUGCCCAGAGAAGCGAGGAAGGUGUCCACAUUACUGAAGCCCUUAUCACCAAGCGGAACUUGACCUUCCCUGAAGAUGAAGACCUGUCAGAAAAGUUGUUUCACACUCUGGAUGAAUUGGAGACUGUCCGCCUGGAUGGGGAAGGGAUUACUUGUAUUGGGAAUUUAGAGAGCCUCCGGAAUAUUCACAGCCUCUACCUGCAAUCGAAUAAGAUCCAGCGCAUCGAGAACUUGGCUUGCAUCACAUCCCUGCGCUUCCUGUCUCUGGCAGGAAACCAAAUCAAGCAUGUGGAAAACCUCCUUGACCUCCAGUACCUCCAGUUUCUGGACCUUUCUGAGAACCUGAUAGAAACACUGAAGCUAGAUGAGCUCCCCCAGAGCCUUCUCAUUCUCAACCUGUGUGGAAAUCCCUGCACCAACAAGGAUGGCUACAGGAAGCUGGUGAUCGGAGCCCUGCCACUGCUCUUGGACCUGGACAAGCAGCCUAUACUGGAGCGGUGGACCUCAGAUGAGGAGGACAAAUCCUCAGAUGAUGAAGAGGAGUUUCCAGAGCUCAAUGGCCCCUUCUGCGCAGAGCGAGGAUUCUUCAAGGACCUGGAGCAGGAGCUGCAUCAGCACCAGGAACGCAGGCAGCAGGCAGUCCUGACAGAGCACUUGUCAAGGAUGGAGACACAGCCUGUCCUCACGGACCUGCCCCUGCUGCCUGCUGUGCCCAUGGCUGGGGACUGCAGCCCUGCUGUCACCGAACAGCCUGGGAAGGAGUCAGCCCCUAAAGCCUCCUCCUCAACCCAGAUUGCCUCUUCUACCAAGAAACAGGUUCCCAGGAACCAGAAAAGCUCUGUCCAGGCAAGGAAGGGGGCUCUAGCAGCCACAACCUCCAAGACCUCUCUGGCUGCAGCCCCCAGCACGACCAAAACUACAAGCAAAAGAAGCACAAAGUGAUGCAUGGCCUCUAUGCACACGCCUCCUUCUCAGGCCCUCCCCCA